AGCGGCAAUGCCCAUCUCGCUCUACCUAUUCACUCCUGCAAAAAUGUUCUACGUACUUUUUGUUGUGAUUCUUUUCUUAGUUCUCUUACUGAUACUUCGCACUGUAUAUGUGCUGAAGAAAAAAAGAAAUCAAGGUUCUUUGGACAGGAGAAAGUCAGCUAAAGUAAUGGUGGUUGCCGGCUCAGGUGGUCAUACUUCAGAGAUGCUCAGACUUAUGGGCUCACUGUCUUCUUGUUAUCAACCAAGGAUCUAUAUUGUUGCUGAGACUGAUAAAAUGAGUGAAGACAAGAUUAAUAGUUUUGAAAAAUCUAAGAAGAAGGAAGAUGAGGACAAAUCAGGGUUUAAAAUAGUUAAAAUUCCACGAAGUAGAGAAGUACGUCAAUCAUGGCUUUCUUCAAUCUUUACAACUUUGAAUGCCUUGACUUUUUCAUUUCCUGUUGUAUUGCAAGAGAAACCAGAUUUGAUUCUUUGUAAUGGUCCAGGAACAUGCAUUCCAAUUAAUGUAGCAGCAUUUGUGUUAAAAAUUUUUGGUGUAAGGGAUAUUACGAUGGUGUUUGUUGAGAGCAUUUGCAGAGUAAAGACAUUAUCACUAUCUGGGAAAAUCAUGUACUGCUUUGCAGAUUAUUUUAUUGUUCAAUGGCAACAGCUCCAGAUAAUUUUUCCCAAGUCCAUUUACCUUGGACGGCUGGUGUAGUAGUGUGAAGCCUUCAUUUAACUAAAGGCCGGGACUUGUGAUGACAGUACCAUACUUGUAACAGAAUUGUACAAAUUAAAUUAUAUUUAUAAGUUGCUUAAAAAUGGAAACUGUCAGUAGUAAAUUUAUUGGUGAAUUGUAAUAUUUGAAAAAGCUAAUACCAAUAGGGGAAAAUAAACUUAUGCUAAUGCUGUUGUACUUGA